CACGAGGAUAUCGUCGGGGGCAAAGCAGCGGGAGAACGCGGUGGCGGCAUUUACACAGUAUGUGGACACCCGCGAAAAAAAUGCACUCUUCCAGUUUCGUCGUGCUCUCUACCUCCGCUCACUGACCGCUCCCAGGUCUUUGACUGCCGAUCUGUUUGUAUUGGCUUUGACCCUCUGUCGGAUUCAGGUCCACUUUCCCUUGUUCCCUCCACCUUUUGGGACGCUUUCUUUUUUCCUUCUGUUUCUUCCGUCCCCUUUUUGUCAGCCUUUAAAAACUCGCCUGAUGCGCGCGUGUGCCGUUGCCUUUGCUCGUUUGCUUGUUGCUCUUCCGGUGUACGAUCACCCGGCACGGGUUUCAUCGCGGAUGUUCAAGGUGUUCUGCGUUUGCUAUUUCUGUACUCCCGGGCUGUAAAACUGAUCUCCUGUGUCGUAUUGCGUAGGAGAAUUUCUUUUUCAUCUUCUCCCCCCCAAAGGGGGGGGGACUCUUUCCUCCCUCGUCUCUUUCUUUUCGUUCGCCCCACUUCGUGCCGCUCAUUUGCGCAGGUUCAGUGGGGGCCAGUAAUUAGCCCGCACAUUUUCCGUUUUCCGUUUUUCCGCGUGUGUAUUUUGGUGCGUUUUCAGGCGCCGUUUUUUUGCCUCUGCAUCGUUACUCUCGCCACGGUUUUAUGUACAUUCGUUUCCCCGCCUGCGCUCCGUCGGUCUUCAGUCUUCCCAGCUCAUUCGUUCGUCGUCGUGGAUUCCAUCUGUCUCUACGUCUUUUCUUCUCUAGCCAUCGUCGUCGGUGUUUUCUCUCUAAACUGCUUUCCGUGUCUCUGUGACCACUGUGUCGGCGUCAGACGGUGGGAAGCUCUCCAACGCCUCGCGCGCUUCUCGCCAGCCACGACCUAAGACUCACAUCUACCCCGGCUCAGACUCUCCUUAUUUUCGCACCCCGCAACUUCCCCGCCAUGGGGGAUCCAGGUGGAGGCGACUCGGUCUUCCCUUCGCUCAAGGCGACUGGAUCUUCAGCCACCGGUCCAUCUACAGGCACGAGCUCACAUUCGGGAGCGGGGGGCUCUACGUCCGGCAACGCAGUUUCAGCGUCUGCGACGAGUUUCGCCGGUUCCUCCACGGGGACAGGAGCGUCGCUUGGCUCGGGUUCUGCUACGAACAACAACAGCGGCCUAGGGACUGAACAUAAUGCUCAAAACGGAGAGGAGGGGACCUCUGGCAAGGCCCCGAUGACCGGGUCCCCCACUGCAGGCGGCGUCUCCUGUUCGGCCGCGUCGGCGGGCGAGGCGGACGGAGUGUCUCUUCGGGGCCCUCCCGCGCAAGCAGCCUCGGCGACCGGCAACGAGAACGGAGCAAAAAAUGGACCGCCUGGCGGAGGAGCCGCAGGCGCCCCUGUCUCACAGGCACAGCAGCUCCUCGCUGUCGCCGGCAAGCCUGCACAGGAUUUCGAAGCUGAGGUGAACAGCUGCUUCCAGAAAAUGUACUCAGGCAUCUACUCCGUGGACAUGGUAGUGGCGCUUCUGCAACGUCUGUCUCAGGCUCCACCGGGCUCCCGAGACAGCAGUUUGUUCGUGUCGAUGAUUCGAACUCUCUUCUUUGAAUGUCGCCACUUCCCGAAGUACCCCCCUCACGAGUUGGCUCUGACAGCCGAGCUGUUUGGCCAGCUGAUUCACCGCCACGUCCUCAUCAACAGCGGCAACUCUCUGAUGAUUGCGUUGCGCUGCGUGUUAGAGGCGAUUCGCAAGGGUCCGACCUCGAAAAUGUUUGUCUUUGGGAUUGCAGCUCUCGAACAGUUUCUGGACCGCAUCUUCCUCUUCCCUCAGUUCCUCGUCGCCCUUGCCUCACUCAGCGAACUGCAGCAGCAGCAUCCGCAUUACACCCACUAUGCACAAUCUGUUCUUCUUCUGAUUCCGGAAAAGUACCACAGCCUCGUCGUUCUAGAUCCGAGAAUCGCAGCUUCUCUCCCCCCCAUGCCGGACCUGCCUCCUGUGGUGGGCGUCGCUGCGGCAGCGCGACAAGCCGCUGGGACAGGCAUCGGCGAGGUGACCCAGACGUCGGAGCCGCCGUCUGGCUCUUCGAUCUCCACGAUGUUGCCUCCACCACACGGACUCCAGCACCCCGUGACGGCCUCGAUUCAACAGCAGCUGGCAGCUGCCGCAAAGAUGAUGAACUUGUCUUCGUCUCCGCCAGCGGCUCCGGGCAACAGCGGGUCGGCGUUAAACUUGGCACACAACUCGUCUUUGCUUCAGGGCAACCCCGUUCCAACUCCGCCCCUGGCUGCGUCGCCGACUCAGAACGUUUCAGGAAAUCCUGGGAGUCUCCCUGGACUGGGACAGGCCAACGUGCCGGCCAGCGGGACAGGAGCCGUGGGGAACAAGGCAGGACUGUCGGGGCUUGGGAACGCGGCGGGGUCGAUUUCACACACAGGGACCCUUGGAGGCGUGUUGGGCGCAGGGGCGUUGCUGCAGGGCGUCGGCCUUGGUCAAGUCGAGGGCUUGAUGAACGACCACGACAUCACCGCGAAGCUGGAGCAGCCGCCGCAGUGGGUGGCUGACCAGGUCAUUGCGGUCUGCAACAGCGUCUGCGAGGGGAACGUCGACGACAAAGCGGAGAGUUUGAAAGACGUUUUGACGGAGGAACAUGCCCCGUGGCUGACGUACUACAUCGUGAAGAGUCGAGCCGCGAAGGAACCCAACCUACACGGAAUCUUUGUUCUCUUCAUCGAAAAAUUGAAGCUCCCAGGCCUCUGGGACGCCGUCAUUAACAUGACCUACGACUGCAUCCAUGUCCUCCUCAAAUACGUCGACGAAGCCAAGGAGUCGAGCUCGUAUCGAACUCUGCUAAAAAACCUCGGCCUGUGGCUCGGAUCCAUCACUCUAGCUAGGAACCGACCGUUAAAGUCGAAGCGCAUGGACCUGAAGCAGCUGUUGUUCACGGGGUACGAGCAGGGACAUCUUGUGGCUGUUCUGCCGCUGGUGUGCAAGAUUUUGGAAGGCAUCAAGACGUCGAAGCUGUUCAAGCCGCCGAAUCCGUGGACUGUGGCGGUGAUGUCGCUUCUCGCCGAGAUCCACUUGCAGCCGAACAUUCGAACAAAUUUGGUUUUCGAGGUUGAAGUUCUUUUCAAGCACCUCCACCUCAACGUGUUGGAGUACCAUAACCGCACAGACCACUUGACGAAGCGGUCGCCGCCUCCGGGCUCCGCGGACUUCGUCGUCCGCGCCGCGGCCGCGGGUGUGGCGCCUGCAACCGCAGCCAGCGGGCACCUUGGAGCGGCAGGCGGCGGCAUUCCGCCAGGGCCCCAGGCGACUGCAGGGCGCCCCGGAACGGCGGCCGCCAGCGGGGGAGUUCCAGGAGCCGUACGCGGCACGCCGGGCUCGAUGGUCGGACGCCUCCCUGGCGGCGCUUCGGGCCUGUCUCUGAACGCUGUUGCAGCCGCGGCUGCCCUUGGCUUGGGACCCGCAGGAGGCGCCGGCGCCCCCGGCUCGGGCGCUGACCCCUCGUCCUCGCGCCUCGGCGCGCAACACCGCAGGGGCCUGCAGGGCCUUGGACCCGGAGCUCUCGGGCAACUGGACGCCGCGUCUGGAGCCCAUGGGCGCCUCAUGGAGGCGGCGGCCGCCGUGGCCUCGGCCGCCGCGGGCAUGGGCCGGCACGGCGGCACUUCGGGGACAGGUGCCUCCCUCGGCGGGACGCCGCAGGCCGGCGUGGCUUCCGGCCCUCCAGUGCCCGGCGUUGGGCUCCAGCAGGGCCCAGGGGGCGCGGGAGGAAACGCGCAGAACGUGGGGGCGACAGGCGUCGGAAUGCUCCAAAGUCCGAACCAAGGAGAGGGAGGAGCAGGGCCCAGUCCUGAUGGGCUUGAGAUCGGUGGCCACCUGCGUGUGGGCUCUGACGACGGCGCCGGGGGGGUCCUGGCCCUCGGGGGCGGAAGGGACGGUCACCACCUGUCGGUGGGUGAGCCCGGAUCCGGCGCGGGCCUUAUGGGAGGCCCAGGAGGUGGUGGCUACGGUGGCAUGGGCCAGCACGGUGGACCGCCGUCCACUCACCCCGCUUCGUGGUCUUCAUCGCUCUUCCAGGGCGGAGGUGGAGUCAUGACUCCUCCGCCCCACUACCCUCACGGGGCCCUGCUGCCCCUGCUGGGGUCUCUGGGGGGGUCGGGGACGGAGCAGGGGUCGAGUAUCGGGUCCUCGGGUGUGUUCCAGCCCGAUCGGCUGCUCCAGAAUCUCAGCCAGAGCGUCGUCAUUUCUCCCUCAAUUGCUCUACUCAGCAUUCAACCCAACCUGCGCCCUCUGGUGCCGCUGGCGGUGGACAGGGCCAUCAGAGAGAUCAUUUCCGCUGUCGUCGAGCGCUCAGUGACAAUCUCUUGCGUGACGACGCGGGAAUUGGUGUGCAAAGACUUCUGCAUGGAGAGCGAGGAGUCUCUCGUGAAGCGAGCGGCGCACCUCAUGGUGGCUUCUUUGGCGGGGUCUCUUGCUCUCGUCACAUGCAGAGAGCCUUUGCGAGUUUCCCUCAGUCAGAAUCUGCGCCAGCUGCUGCAGCCUGCGGCUUCGAGCGACUGCAAUGACCAGGUGUUGAUCGAGCAAGUUGUCCAGAUCGUGUCGGCGGAUAACCUCGAGCUGGGCUGCUCGCUAAUUGAGCAAGCCGUCGUGGAGAAAGUUCUUCGGGACAUCGAGCAGACGAUGCAGCCUGCGCUUCUGGUUCGGCGCCAGGCGCGAGAGCGGGGCAUCCCGUUCGUAGACACGAACUACAUCAAUAGCAGUCGGUGGACCCUGAAUCUUCCGGAGCCAGUGAAGCUGCGCCCCGUGCUGAACAACCGGCAGCUGCAGGUGUACAAGGAUUUCUUGAGCAUCGGGCCUCUGAAGAAGAUGCAACAAGAUAACGCGGGUCCAAACAGCGGGAUGAUGUCGGGCAGCGGGCCGCACGGCGCACAGACCGGGGGCCUGGGCGCGCCGGGAUCGACGCCGGGGCCUCUCCAGGGGGCUGGCGGGGCCUCCGCGGCUGGCGGGGCGGCGCAGAUGGGGUUGGGGGCAAACAGCGGAAACUCAGGGCUCGUGGGAGCGUCGGGCUCCGUCCCACCCCACACCCACCAGCUGGGUGCGGUCAUGGGCGAGGGGCCCUCCGGCGCGUUUCAGGGCCUGCCGGGGCGAAACCUGAUUGGGCCGAGCAACGCGUCGAGCUUCCUAGGGCGAGAAAACAUGCUUCACCAGCACCUCGCCCAACAGCACGCGGCUCGACUUCUAGGCCAGCAGCAGGGGAACAAGUUUCUGGCCUCCCUCGGCCACCCGCAGGUGAACGCCGCGUCUGGUCCACCCGGCGGGCCUUCUUUGGCGGGCGCGGGAGGUGCAAACGCAGGCCAGCUCCUCGUCCAAAACACCGGUGAGGGCGGACGAGUCCUAGGGUCACCGGCGGGGACCAGCGUGGCGAGCGCCAGCAUCGGGUGCGGUGUGCGCGAGCCGAUCCUCCUGCAGCCCAUGGGCGAGGCCCAUUUGUCCACUGUUAUGGCCAGGCUGGAAGACUGUCUUGUGCAACUCAGAGACGUGGUUCGGGAUAUCUUCACAUGUCCCCCGAUCGUGCCUACGCCCUCUACCGUGGACACGUACUCGACGCCAGCAGGCAGCCAAGUCUGUGCACUGCCAGUGCCCCAUUGCGCGACUCCAGUGCUGACAGUGUUCGCAUGCUUACCGUCAAAUCACGAAGUGUUCCAGCUGAUUCUCGCGGUCUCGGCCAUCGCAGGCAGCUGUCCGCGCGUAGAGGAAGUCGCCCCGGCACUUGCCCACAAGCUCAUCAAGAGUGUGUUUGAGGGCGCGUCUCUGGCGGCAAGCAGAACGAGCCACAACGCGAUCCGAGGCAUUGACCCGACAGGUCUUUACAUGGAAGUUUUCUUCGCUGUUCUUGCGGCGCUCCGGCGCCAGAGCGACGUGGUGUCGAAGCUGGCUGGAGAGGUCCUGAGUAUCUCGUGCUCCUCCGCGACGAUACCACCGAAGAAGAGCAACACGACCGUCGCUGCGGGUCUUGUGCGCUACCGGCUCGUGAGCUUGGCGGCGUUCGACCUGGUCCUUGCGAAUCACCUGGACAACGGAAGAAACGUGGCGGUUCUGGAAUUCAUUCUCGCCCUUCUCAAGACUCUCCUGGAUCAGAAGGCCAUCACCCCAGCUGACUUGCCGACCACCUUCAAGACUCUCGCAGAGGCGCCUGCGACGACGCUGCCUGCUAAGCUUGUCCAGCUCAAGGGAUGGCAGCCGCUGCCCAUGGCAGAGGCGCGGACGAAGCUCGUGGAGGCGUUCCGCGAGGACCAAGAAGAACGAAAGAAGAGUCCUCACGAGCGCCUGACGACGAUGACGGAGCUGAUGGAGUCGUACUACAGCGUCAACCCGGUGCGGGUCCGCAGUUUGCCGUGUCUGCCGGUGACCCCUCAGAAGGACCGCCAGCUGAUUACGAUGAUUUUCGGGGAGUGGCUUCGCUUCUGCGCGUGCGUGAGUCCGUUUGGGGGUCCGAACGGCGACCGCGGCGCCUCGACGCUUGGGGCCCAGGGCGGCGCAGGCGGCGGGACCAGUGGGAACUUUGGAAACACCGACAGUGCGUCUCUUCUUCGCGCGACCUUUUUCCAGCGAGUGUCUCAUCAGGGUCUGUUGCGCAUGGACGAAGACACAGAUCGGUUCUUCGCGGUGUGCGUAGAGGAGGCCAUUGCUCGCUCGCUGCGGUUCCGAGAGGACUCCAAGAGUGCAGCAGAAGAGACCUCUGAGGACGGCUCAAAGGCUGGAGACAAGAGCGAGGGAGCCGCGGGGGCGAAGUGUUCGGGCGAGAAUGCAAAGGGGGCGAAAGCACCCGCGGGAGAGCCAGAGGCUGAGGCGAAAAAGGAUGAGCAGAAAGGGAACGUAGAGGAAGCGAAGGAAGAAGGCCGGGCCGCCGAAGAAUCGGAGACGAUGUCUAGAGCCGCAGACAGGGAAGAGGCGUCGAAACCCGGAAAGGGGGCAACCUCGCUUGCGGCCAAGAACGAGAAGAGCGAGGGAGAAAAGGAACCUUCUAGCGAAGCGGGCGAAAAGGGAGCGCUGGGGCCGAGCCAGGCUGGAGGCCGGCGCCUCUCGGCUGGGCUCGCCUCUUGUCCCAUUCUUGAGUAUGACUCGGCAACCGUUACCCCUGAGAGCCUAACGGCCAUGCAGACACCACCGGAGGAGACAGAGCCGCUGCUCGACUUGACACCUCUCGAUGCGAUGGCCAAGAUGAUUGUGGGGAUGAUGAGACUCGUCGACCCCGUCCAGAUCUCUCCGGUGAUGAUUCUCCAGCGGGCUUUGGGCAUCGUCUGCCGACACAUCCACAUGGAGGCGGAGCGUCUAGGCCCAGCUUUCAACCAGCGGCCGUACUACCGUCUUCUUUUGGCGAUUCUUCUGGAAAUAACAGCUCCGGCGACGAAGGACGGCAACGGCUCAGGCGGCGCUCAAGCCGGCGCGAGCGGUGCGAGCGGGAGUGACGGCAAGGCGGUCUUGGGGGGCGGUGUGAGCGAGAGCCAGGUGUUGCCUUCGCUGUUGUCUUUCGCGGAACAUUUAGCCCUUCUGAGUCCGACGCGUGUACCGGCCUUCGCAUUUGCUUGGCUCGGCCUCGUGGGCCACCGCCUGUUCAUGCCGCGCCUGCUGAAGAGCGGCCGCGGCUGGGCGACUCUCCACCGGCUGCUGCUGCUUCAUCUCGAGUUCCUGCAGCCGCUUCUGCGGAACGUCGCGCUCUCCGACAGCAUUCGCCUCCUGUACAAGGGUGCGCUCCGCAUUCUCCUUGUCCUGCUCCACGACUUCCCGGAGUUCCUCUGCGAGUACCACUUCUCGUUCUGCGACGUUCUGCCGCUGAACUGCGUGCAGCUGCGGAACGUGGUUCUCUCGGCCUUCCCGCGAAAUAUGAAACUCCCCGAUCCGUUCCUACCAAAUUUGAAGGUCGACCUGCUUGCGGACAUAAAGACGGUGCCCCGGAUUCUCUCGAGCUUCACCGUCACGCUCCUGCAGAAGGGCUUGAAGAAGGACAUCGACGCGUUCUGGCAAACCCGGGACGCGGCGCUGCUGCCGCAGAUGAAGGCCAAGUUCCUCGUAGAUCGCGAGAGCGCCGUCCGAAUCGGCACCAAGUACGACGUCUCGCUCCUCAACGCCUUCCUCCUCUACGUUGGCACGGGCGUCCCCGAGAGGGUCGGAGCCAGCGAUGGACCCGCCCUGAUCAUGGACGCGAUGCUCGGUAUCGCCAGCCUCGGCGGCGCGUCCGGGGCGCGGGGCGAACUGUCUCCGUCUUUGGAGAUUCUGCUCUACAUGUCGAAGGAACUCGACAUGGAGGGUCGCUACCUCCUCAUGUCUGCUCUCGCGAACCACCUGCGGUACCCGAAUGCCCACACGCACUACUUCUCGUGCGUCCUUCUGUGGCUCUUUGGCGAGUCGCGCGAUGAGCUGAUCCAAGAACAAAUCACUCGCGUCCUCCUAGAGCGCCUCAUCGUCCACAGGCCGCACCCUUGGGGGCUCCUCAUCACCUUCAUUGAACUCAUCAAGAAUCCAAGGUUCAACUUUUGGAGUUGCUCUUUCGUUUCAGCUGCACCGGAGGUGGAGAAACUUUUCCAGUCUGUUGCUCACACGUGUUUGGGUCAAAGUGGAGCCCAGCAGCUGCAGCAGCAACGCCGGCGCUGACGUUCUUUGCUUCUCCGUUUUCUGUCCUUUUCUGUAGUCUUGUAUAGUCGUUGUCUGUGCGUCUGCGCUCUUCAAUGAACUGAGUGUUUUUCCUGCGGGCGAGGGCGAGGGUGAGUCCAUGUCUCUUGGGAGAAGAGACACCGCGCGCGCCGGCAGGCAAGGCAACGAAGAGUUUGGAAACGUGGACAGUUUGAUUUUUUCAUUCUUCGCGUGUCGCGGUCGAGCAGUGUGGAGGCGCGUGAAUGUGGGCAAUCAGUUGUUGGCAGCUUCCCCCUUUUUGGGCCCGGACAGUUUGUUUUUUCAUCCCGUGUAUCGUGCCCCCGUCGUGUGUCUGAUCUUUCUUUUCCGCAAGCGGGCUGUUUUGAGACGUCGUGGCGAAUGUGCGCACACGGUUUGCGUGUAGAGUUGCUCUUGGGGCAGUAAGAGAAGAUGUGAUUCCAGAACGUCCCGUCGAGUAGAGAGUGACUGGUGCGAAUGAUGCUGUGCCGGGAUAGGGACUACUUUUCCGGCCGUCGUCGUCUUUUAUGCAGAUACCUUCCGCAAAUGUCAAGAGUAUCGAGUUGUCCUUGUGCAUGCGAUUGUCUCUCCCCCUCACGCCAGUCGAAACUGCUCCGUGAGCAGCAGAGAUUCUGGAACAGUAAACGUUCCCCUCUCUCUGCAGGCAACGGGCUUGAUGGCGUCCCUUCUGUUUCAUGUCUGUUGAGUUGUGUGUCGCUGUCUUACAUCGUACUGAUGGCCGUAGAAGUUCUGCUCUUUUUGAUGUUGUUUCGUCGCAGUUGCCCGCACAGCCGGAGCUGUGUAUCCGGAGUUCCGUCUCCGGUUGUUUCCCCGUGUUCAUUCAUGACUUAUGUACAUACAACACACCCAUAUGCAUGAACUCGCUGAACCGUCUACUCUUUCGUGCCCAGUGGAACUUCUCCCACCAUCAUGUGGUUUUUUUGCCGUGAGAAAACAUCAUAGCGAGUUAUUACAUGCAUAGACGCAUCGCAGUAGUUAUGCUAAAGAAAUCCGACGCAACUCUCCCAUUGACCCUGUCUCUAAGGACAGCGGCGUGAUGGUC